CGUGGCUGUGAUGCUUGGACCAACCCAACUGAAUAUCAACUCACGUUCACGUCAUUUUCUAGAGGCAGCUUCUGAUGUGGAGCAGCUCACCACUGCCAAGCACCACCAAGGGCUUGAGUUUCCAGCGUCAAGGGCAUCUGCAGAAGGCCUGGAGAGGGGCUGGCAGCCAGGCACAGCUCAGAGGGCAGCAAAAGAAUAUCCCAGAUUCUCGGCUGAAUUUCCACUGCUUCUGCAUCUCCUUGGGAUGAUGGGCACAAGAUCAGUGGCAGUGCUGUUUGCCCUUGCCGGCUUGCUGCAGGUGGCUGUGCCCCUGAAAAUUGCAUCCUUUAAUAUCCGGACUUUUGGGGAGACCAAGAUGUCCAAUGCUACCCUCUCCAACUACAUUGUGCAGAUCCUGAAGCGCUACGACAUCGCCCUCAUCCAGGAGGUCAGGGACACCUACCUGGCGGCCGUAGGGAAGUUGCUGGAUGAACUCAAUCGGGAUGUACCAGAUACCUAUCGCUUCGUGGUCAGUGAGCCGCUGGGACGCAACAGCUAUAAGGAGCAGUACCUUUAUGUAUUCAGGCCUGACCAGGUGUCCGUGCUGGACAGCUACCAAUACGAUGAUGGCUGUGAGCCCUGUGGGAAUGAUACCUUCAGCCGUGAGCCCGCCAUUGUCAGGUUCUCCUCCCCAUUCACACAGGUUAGAGAUUUUGCCAUCAUCCCCCUGCAUGCAGCUCCAACAGACGCAGUGGCCGAGAUUGAUGCCCUCUACGAUGUCUAUCUAGAUGUUCGGCAGAAGUGGGGCCUGGAGGACAUCCUGUUGAUGGGUGAUUUCAACGCUGGCUGCAGCUAUGUGACUGCUUCGCAAUGGCCCUCCAUCCGCCUUCGCACGAGCCCCAUCUUCCAGUGGCUAAUCCCUGACACUGCUGACACCACGGUGACAUCUACGCACUGUGCCUAUGACAGGAUUGUGGCUGCAGGAUCUCUGCUCCAAAGCAGAGUUGUUCCAGACUCAGCUGCUCCUUUUGACUUCCGGGCGGCAUAUGGACUGACUCAAGAACUCGCUGAAGCCAUCAGUGACCACUACCCAGUAGAAGUGAUCCUGAAGACAGCCUGACACCCACGGGCAGCACAGCCAGCUGGGUCCUCUUUGGUAGCUACUGACCCACAGCACAGCAGGCACAGUGCCCCUUUCCCCACUUUGGUGGGGGCCAUCAAGCAUGGGCAGUCACUGCAGCAUUCUACCUUCUCAGAACCUGGACAAAAGAGCUAACAUGUGGAUUAAGAAAUAGCUUUUAAUUGAGGUAAAUAAAGCUCACGGUGGUGGUCACA